UUUUUUUCUUUUUUUAAACCUUUACAUAAUACCAUUGAUGUAUCAUGACAACAAGUGAUGAUGAUGAUUUAUCCAGUACACCUGCUGAUCAUUCAUCAAAAAAGAAAAAAAUAACACUUGAAUCAGAGCAAUCAUCCUCUGCUACAUCUUGUCGAGAGCAUCUAACUAUUCCAUUGGCAUCAAAAAAAAAUCAUCAUACUAACAAUAAGUGGCCACAAGAACGUCCUUCCCUUUUAAGCACAAAAUCAUUCACUCAUUCAGUGUCAUCGUAUUCCUUGUACAAUUGUCAUUUUGCCAGUGAAAGAUGGGAUCAUCAUCAUCAUCAUCAUCAUCAUCGUCGUCAUCAUUCUGAACUGAAAUUAUCUUCUAAUAAAAAAAACAAUACCAUCGAGAAUAAUAAAGAAAAAAUCGAUCAAGUGGACGAUCCAUCCAUCAAUGACACAAAUCAUCCUACAUCAUCAGCAAAAAAAGCCAUGUUUAUGUUUUUAAAGGCUUUCAUUGGAUCUGGUGUUCUAUUUUUACCAAAAGGAUUCGAAAAUGGAGGAUUGGCCUUAUCGAUUGCAUUGAUGGUGUUGAUUGCAUCGAUCUGUUUAUUUUCAUUUUUACGACUAGUCAAAACACAACAAGUGAUUGGUGGAUCCUAUGGUGACAUGGGUCAUAGGUUGUAUGGGCAAGGAGUACGAUAUACUGUUUUAUUUUUCAUCAUCAUCUCGCAAGUAGGAUUUGUAUGUUCGUAUUUCAUUUUUAUCUCUGGUAAUCUGGUGAGUGUGAUGCAUGUACUUUCUCAGUGUUCUGUAUUGAUCCCUCAAGCAUCCUAUAUUUGGAUGCCAUUGCUGAUUGUCAUCCCUUUGAUCCUUGUACGACAUAUUGCCAAAUUGUCCUUGGCUGUCAUCCUCGCUGAUAUGUUCAUCGUAUUCGGUCUGAUCUGUGUGCUUUAUUUUACAUCUUCUCAACUGAUUCAUCAUGGUGUUGGCAAACAUAUCCAAGCUGUUAAUCCAUCCAAUUUUGCUCUGAUGAUCGGUACUGCUACUUUUUCUUUUGAAGGCAUUGGCUUAGUCAUCCCUAUUGCUGAAUCCAUGGAACAACCUGAUAAAUUCCCUCUUGUAGUCUCUUUAGGAACCAUCAUCAUCUGUGUUAUCUAUAUCCUUGUCGGCUCCAUGUCUUAUUUAGCAUAUGGUGAUCAAAUUCAAGCUGCCGUCGUUUAUAAUUUCCCUCCUGCCAGUGGUUUGACCAUCACUGUUCAAUUGUUGUAUUCCAUUGCUAUUGUCUUAUCUAUUCCACUAAUGCUCUUCCCUGCUAUCAAAAUCAUCGAAAAUGGUGUCUUUCAAAAGUGCCCAUCAGGAUCACAGGAUAUUCGUAUUCGAUGGUUAAAAAAUAUAUUUCGAUGUGUAUUGACCACUGGCUGUGCAACGAUGGCCUAUUUGAUUGGUGGUGACAAUUUGGAUAAAUUUGUAGCUUUUGGUAAUUGGAUCAAUUGCUUGCAUACCAUUGUGUUACAUUUUUCCAGGGAUCUUCCAUAUUAGGAUCGCGGAGAAAAGGCUAGAUAUUCUGCUCGACUCUAUACUGGUGUUGUGGGGGGUCGGCAUAAUGAUUUAUACACUUUAUGUAACCAUUAGUACAUUUCGCUUACCUAGUAUUAUUCCAUUAGCACCAUAUUGUCCUACUAAUACAUAAAAAUCAGUCAUUGGUCAUUUCAUCAUUAUAUUAUAUCUAAUAUAGUGAAAAAAAAAGGGAAAGUCCACUAUUCUAUUACCAUGCGGUAUCUUAAUUGCAAGCAGAAGGCGCAUGAUUUUUUUCCCACCCG